AUGAUAUCUGAUCAAUCCACCCAUUCUAUUACUUGUCGUCAUGUUCUUCGAUUUACCGAAUGUGCCCGUUGUGCGUAGUUUUUCUUGUAGAAAAAAUGCCGAUAAGAUAACACCUCACGUGACUGCAUAUUGAACAUCCCACUCCGAAAAAUGAAAUUAUUUCCUGAUGGACCAGAGACACCAAACGUCCAACUAGAGAAUUGAAGGGUUGUUCAAUACGCAAAGAUGGCUCCGAAGAAGCAGUGGAUCGAUAAAAAGUCUGCUACGACUUAUCAGCUCUUCCACCGAUCGCAAAAUGACCCGCUAAUCCACGAUCCGGAGGCGCAAGACCGUAUUCUCUUUCCAGUCUCUAAGCCACGCACUGGUGGCUCGGAAUCAGGCGAGUCCUCUUCCUCUAGGCCGAUCAAGCACCUCGCGGAUCUCGAACAAGAAAUCGACACUUCAGGUGUCCGCAAGAAUGAGGGUGAAGCGGCGAACUAUGGAAUUUUCUACGAUGACAGCAAGUACGAUUACAUGCAGCAUCUGCGCGAACUGGGCGGUGGCGGUGGAAACUCUUACUUCAUCGAAGCUGCGCAGGCGAAAACAAAGGGCAAGGGAAAGAAGCUCGAAGACGCGCUCCGGGACGGUCUGUCGCUUGAUGACUCCAGGAGUGAGUUUGGGGGUGCUAGUGUCUAUGGUUCGGAAUAUGGCUCUGUCUACGAUGGCAGAUCUACUGCCUCCUCGUACGUGAAAAAGCCUACGUACCAGGACCAACAGGAUGUGCCCGAUGCGAUUGCGGGUUUCAAGCCAGAUAUGGACCCUCGACUGCGUGAGGUGUUGGAGGCUCUUGAGGACGAAGCAUACGUCGAUGAGGAUGACGAAGAUGUUUUCGGUGCCCUUACGAAGGAAGGAGAGGAGGUUGACCCUGAAGAGUGGGAAGACUCCCUGUUUGAUAAUGGAGAUGAGGACGAUGGCUGGGAGUCAGAUGCUACAGAGAAAGCCCCUGUUCAGAAAAGUACCUCUGAGUCAGGGCCACAACAAGAGUCGCAGACAAGCUCGUCCCACGAUGAAGAGGUCUCAGGGGAGUUGCCCAGCGAAGAUGCCCCCGUUCCCGACAUGAAGCCCGAAGACGGGGAUUGGAUGCGCGAGUUUGCCAAGUUCAAGAAGGACUCAAAGUCCAAGGCCGUCCCCGCAGCGCCAACAGAGUCUGAGCGUCGAACGGCUGCAUCUACCAUGUUCACCGUUGGUGGCACCCCCAUCCGGAGGAAGAAGCGCAAGGGUGCCUUGACAAACCCCUCCGCAUACUCCAUGACCUCCUCUUCCCUUGUUCGUACCGAAGGACUGCGGCUCCUGGACGACCGAUUCGAGAAGAUAGAGGCUCUCUACGCUCUAGAUGAGGAAGGCGAAGAAUACGAAGAUGGCAUGUCUGUCGUCAGCGGCAUGACCGGCAUGACUGGCGCGACGGGUGUCUCCCAGGCUCCCAGCUUCGUCUCCCAGAGCGGAAACGUCCCUCUACGCAGUGACUUUGACGAAGUCAUGGACAGUUUCCUGUCCGGAUGGACCGAUCGCUCCAAGGAAACCCGGAGGAAAGGCGCAAAGGCAAAGAGAGGCAAGAACGGAAACGAAGCAAUUGGUAUCAAGAUGCUGGAUGAGGUCAGGCAGGGCUUGGGUCCAGCCAGAAUCCCUGGGAAAAUUUCUGGCAAUGCUUGAAGUAAAUUGAAUGAAUUCGACGACCAUCAACGUGAACCAAAAAGGGUCCGAGGCGUUUUUCUUUUUCUAUUUUCCGGAAUGCAUCUGUUCGGUUUUUCUUUUUGUUUAUGGUUUUUAGAUCAUGAUGCAGUAUUACCCUCAUUAGCUUUGAUUAUAUACCAUGGUCUUGUUCUCGAAGAAAGAUAGUAUGUCUC